AUGUUUAACAUGGAAGAGUUGAAAUCGAAGUAUUCGCAAUUAGAGGAAACCGUCACACGCACAUUCCAGGCGAAGUUCGAUAAAUUGAAGAAAGAUAUGGUGGAAAGUUUAACUGCUGCUAUACGGGACGAAGUUAUAAGGCAGAAAAUAUCGUCAGAGUUGGAUUUCAACCAAGACAAGGGACCUCGAAAUGAAUUUGAGGUGGAAGAGACCCAAUAUGAGGCCACUAUACGAAACGUGUUAGGGAACAUAGAUCAAUACACAACCCCAAGAGAAACAUCAAGAACGUGCGCCGGGAUCUCCAGUACCAACAACUGUGGUAACAAGAGUCCAGGAGUGAGAACAGAUAUAGUAGUGGAAGCGACUGGAAGAGGAUCUAAUUCAUAUCAGAGCCACAAAAGUGACAGACUAGAUGAGGUAUCUCAGUCGAAAGAAGGCGUGACGAACGCAUCAGGACCGGUAAUCGAAGUUCCUUCGUUCUCGUUAGGACUAACUCAAGAAGAAGUGGCAAAUGUUCAACAUGAAAAUAACAGCAAUGAGACCGCAAAUGAUGGUGUUGGGGUGACCAAUUUAUGCCGCAAAAUCAAGAGGCAGAGAACCAUACCACCUGUGUUGCUAGCCGAUUACCACUGUCCUCCUAUACUUGUAACCCGAGCAAGAGAGUCCCAGAAACGCAUGUUCGCCACCGGAGAUGCAACAAUAACACUACAGAAGUUUGAAGACCGUGAAACCAAACUAAAUAGGCACUUGUAA